GCGUCGCCACAAAGGGCGGCCCAAUGUGCGGCAGAGGGCGGUACUUCCGCUGCGAGGCCAGUCUCCGGGAGCGGGCGAGAGCCUUUUUGAAUUUAACGAAAUCAAAAUGGAUUCUUGGUACUCAGGCUACGGAACUGGUGAUUCUUGGAACACUGGAGCCACCAAUUCGCAAGAGUAUGAUGGCUAUGAUUACAGUUAUACCCAAGAUACCAUACCCAGUACUGCAACAAAUUACGGCUACAAUGCUGGCAACAAGUCUUGGGAAGUUCCCAAAAAUACAGCUACGGAUACCAUCAUUGCUAAGAUCAACAAGCGCCUGGAUAUGCUUUCUCAAUUAGAGACUGAAAGUCAGGUGCAGGAUACAUACCAGGACAACAGGUUUACACCUUACGAGUCCUACGACUCCGGGUCUUCACUGAAUGACCGUGAUCUGUACAGAUCUGGCUACGGUUACAGUGAAUAUGGGCCUGAUUAUAACGAUUUCUAUGGAGGUCGCUAUGACCACUACGACAGCUCCUACGGGACCCGCAAAGAUCAGUUCCAGAACAGAGCACGUGACUCAUACGGCCCUACUAACCAGUGGGGCCAGAACUGGUCUAGAGACCGUCCUCAAUAUAACAGACCCAAUCGGAACGACCCCUACAUGUCACCUGCAAGUUCCGGGCGAAUGUCUGCACGCUGGAAUGAGCUGUCGAUGGGAGGCAGGGGCCACAACGCCGCCACCGCCUCCUCCUCAAGGAACCUCCCUUCGCUCUUCUCCCCAAACAUUAUCCCCAUGGACCUGUUCAGAGUUCAGGGAUAUGGAAGAUCGUUAGGAGGUGGCAGACAGCGAAGGAGAGACAGGAUUCGAAUCAGAGGCAUGAAGAAAAGAGAUGCGGGAUUUGGGAGGAAGAGGAAAAUGUCUACGGAUAGUGCUGAGGAGCCAGAGAACAAACAGGCGAAAACUGAAGAUGGGUCCGAUGCAGCGGAAGAUGAUGGUGCUGAAUCUGGUGAUGGCGGUACUGGCGAUGGUAAGGAUUCUGAGGACAAGAAACCAAAGCGCUUUCCCACAAUGCAAGAAAAGAAGAAGGCAAACAAACCCAAAAAAAAUCGGGACCGUCUUGCAGAAAGGAUAAUGUAUGCUUGCUCUGUUUGCAAGUUUCGUACCUUUGAAGAUGAGGAUAUUACUACCCAUGUGGACAGUAAAUACCACAGUGAAACCUUCAAAUUCAUUGCGUCCAAACUCGACCAGCAGACAGCUGACUUUUUGCACGAAUACAUCUUGAACAAGAUUCAGAAAACACAGAAGCGUCGAGAGCAAAUUGGAGAUAAAACAAUUCUGAAGAAGCAACUAAUGCAACAGCAAGAUUUGCUGCAGGAUGUUGGCUUGGACCACUUCAUGAAGAAGAUAGAGGCAGCGCAUUGUGUGGCCUGUGACCUUUUUAUACCAAUGCAGAAUGCUCUCCUUGCGCGUCAUCUGAAAACUGGUGACCAUGGCUGGAACCGCAAGAUAAUGUUGGAGAAAGCCAAGAAGGGCAGCCUAGUUGUCGCCCGGAGUGUCCUGAACAACCGCAACAUUGCAGCAAUGCUAGAAAAGUAUAAAAAGGGUGAGAACCCAUUCACUGAUGAGGACAAAGACGAAGAAGAUGCUGGCGAUGAGACUGCUGAGGGCGAGGCUUUGAAAGAUGCCUCCAUCGAUGUUGAGGCCAAAGAAGGGGAGAAUGAAGAUAAUGACAGCACAGUUAGAAUAAAGGAAGAAGUGGAUGACCCGUUAGAAGAAAACAUUGGGGAGACGAGGAAAGAGGAGUCUGGGGAGGGGGCUGGAGCGGAAGCAUUGGGACGGGGUUCAGGGGAGGAGGGCGUGGGCGAGGCAGCACUAGGGACUGACAGGGUAGAGGCAGAGGAGAAAGGGCCUGGAGGGGAGACAGAAGCGGAAGGGAAGAGAGAUGCUGAGGGAGAGACGGUGCACGCAGCAGAAAAGGCUCUUGGGGAAACAAAGGGUGCAGCGGCAGCAGCAGCAGCAGAAGAGAGGGAGGUGGAAUUGACAGCUGAAGAGGAAGAUGAGAUGCUGAAGGGAGAAGAGGAGCAAUUGGAGUAAAUUUUAGGCUGAUUUCUGCAAACAUGCAGGUAUAAUUCUAUCCCAUACCAAUUAUUGAGGUUUAUACUAGUUUAAGAAUUUCAGUGUUUUUAACUUGCCAGUAGAUUUGUGUUCACUUGCUGUAUUUCAGUUUCAUCCCAUGUGGCUGACAAAGUCAAAUUUUCUCUCACCUUCUCACAUUUAAUGUGAAUUUUUUUUAAAUAAAUUUGGUUUCUGUAAUGUGAUUAAUGUGGUAUUCAAUUGACCCUACAAAGUUGAGGACUGGCAUGAAGUUUGUUUGCAGUAAUCUACGCUUAAGUGAUCUGUAAUUUGUACGAUCUGGUGUCUUGAUUCCAAGCCACCCAACUAAGAAUUAUUACCAUUUGGUCCAUUAGAACAGUUACUUAACUAAGAUACUGGUUUAAAUUUCUCAUUUGGUUUGUGUACAGGUGAAUUGUAAAUAUGCAGCAGGUUAACUGGUUUAUUUUGUUAUAUUAAUUAGUUCUGCAUGAAGGUGGGUGGCACUUUUGAGCAUGUUGCUUUGCUUUAGAUCUAUAAAUGCCAACAUUGAAAUUCAUUGGAUUGGUUUGGGAGCCUAAAUACUGCAUUCCCACAGGGUGUGGGCUUCCUCAUAACCUGGUGAAUCUAAGCCGGACUUGACUUUAUUGAAUUUGCACCUGUUUUCAAACCAAAUGCAGAUCCACUUGCCUAUGAACCAUAGUGCUAGGUGAUUCAAGUACACUUGAGUAUUGAACAAUGUUAAAUUAAAAGCAGACAUGGCUUAGCUCAGUUGGAAUGUGUAGUUUAGCAUUGUGUAAUCUGCAGAAAGUAGCAGCAUUAUUUCCCUCCUCCCUGAUUUAUUCUGCCCUUGCUUUUCUAUGCUAUAGCUUUAUUUAGGCUACUUAUAUGUACUUGAACUUUGUUUUCAAUUUUAUACACAACUGUAAAUCAGUUUGUAGCACUGUCAAUUAAAACUUCCAAUGUAU